AUGGCCACACCCGACUCAGAUAUCAGUGAGCUCACUGAGGCGCAACAGCUAGCUUUACAGCAAUAUACUUCAGUCACCGACCAAGAUGUUCGGGCGGCGAUACCACUUCUGCGGAGAUCACAAUGGAAUGUCGAGAUCGCAGUAGCUAAGUUCUUCGACGGAGAAGGUCCGGACCUGGUUGCAGAAGCUUUGGCAGCACAGAACGUACCUCCUCCACGAGCCCCAAGACAAGAGAACCUCCAGCAAAGUCUCCUACACGGUCAGGUCAAUGCUUUGCGAUCACAGAAUCGACUAGAUGCGGCACCACGAGUCGUUCCUCAACCCGAGAGUCAGGCCCUGCCACAGCCAUCCUUGAUACUCGCCAUCAUCUUCACACCAUUCAAGUUAUUGUAUAAAAUAUUAGCAGUCCCAUUUCGAUUCUUCGCCUAUCUAUUCCCAUUUCUGCGAAUAUUUCCUCGGAAUCCAACGACCGGGACAUUAAGAAGUGUUAACACAAGUGGACGGCGCGCAUUAUCUCCAGCAGAUGCUGCGCAGAGAGUACAGAGAGAAUUCACAGAAGAAUAUGGAGAAAACUCUCUCCCAUGGACAAGUCAGGGCUACGCAACCUCCCUCGAUCAAACCAAACGCGAAUAUGGUUUCCUACUCGUCAUCCUCCUAUCCCCCGAACACGACGACACCACCUCUUUCUGUCGAGAAGUGCUCAUGAACGCAGAAGUCACAUCCUUCCUAAACGAUCCCACCAACACGAUGAGAGUAUGGAUAGGAGACCUCCGCGACUCCGAAGCAUACCAAGUCUCCACCGCCCUCAAAUGCACCAAAUUCCCCUUCUCAGCACUCAUCUGCAAUACACCCGAAAUAAGCAGCACCUCCAUCUCGGUCGUCUCCCGCCUGACUGGUCCGAUGACCGCCUCCACCUAUCUUUCCAAACUCCGCGCCGCCCACGCCGCCAGAGCCUCCCAACUCGAAACCGGCCGCGUAGCACACAACCUCCAAAACUCCGAACGCAACCUCCGCGCAGAGCAAGACCAGGCCUACGAACGCAGUCUGGCUCAAGAUCGUGAACGAGCUCGUCAAAGACGAGAAGCUGAAGCUGCGGCGGCGGCUGCUGAGAAAGCUAGAUUGGACGCUGAGCGUAACGCUACGCUCCUCGCUGAGAAAAGGAAGGCGUGGCGAAAAUGGCGGGCGUCAAAAGUAAAACCCGAGCCAGGACUUGAGGAAAAGGAAAUCGUGCGUAUCGCGCUGAAACUGCCUGAAGCCGCGCGCGUGAUGCGUAAAUUCCGCGCCAGCGACGAAAUUGAGGAGUUAUAUGCUUUUGUAGAGUGUUAUGAGGAUCUCCAGGCUGGAAUUACGGAAGAGGUGGAGAAACCAGAGGGUUAUGAACACGAAUUCGGGUUUAGGAUUGUGAGUACCCUGCCUAGGGUGGUUUAUGAUGUUAAGGGUGGUGGGACGAUAGGCGAGAAGGUUGGGAGGAGUGGGAAUUUGAUUGUGGAGAGUAUUUUUGAGGGAGAAGAGGAGGAGGGGGAGUAA